CCUAUUGUCGUUAAUCUCACGCUUUCACUAACCUGCAAAAACACUAACCCAAAUUUCUCACUACAGAAUCGAAAGCUACAUCUCAUAUUAGGGUUCAAUUUUCUUCUUCCUUCGAACCCUAAUCUCAACAAUUAGGGUUUUCCACGCAUUCCAAUUCAUCUCCACUCUUCAUGAUCGCACCAUUCUUCCCUCCUUCUCUUUAUCACACUGUCUUAAUCCCUUGCACAUGGUCGAUUCAAUAUCCCAAUUCAAUUUCUCGAAUUGUUGUUUUUUCUAAUCGAAUGAAACGAUAGAGUCUUGUAGACAGUAAUUCUCUGUUUCCCAUUCAAAUUCGAAAAGAAAAUCGAAAUUUUUGGUGAAAUCGGUCUUUUAUAUCUAUGGAUUUUGACGGUGGUAACAAGCGCGUUUAUAAUCGUCUCGGUGGGUCCACCGGCGGUGACACAAAGAAUCAGAAAGUGUGUUAUAAAUGGCAAGCGGGGAAGUGCAAUCGUUAUCCAUGUCCGUUUCUGCAUAGUGAGCUGCCUACUUCUAAUGGGAAUGGUGCUCCCUCGAAGCGGCCUUAUGCCGAAAAUUCUGGUUUCUCGGGUAACCGGCGUGGUGGUGGAUCGAGUUUUAAUACGUGGGGGCCUGGGCGUGGCCGCGGUGGUGGCCGCGGUAGUGUAGGAGGAGGUGGGAGGGGAGUUGUUGUGAACGUUGAGAGAGUUUGCACUUAUUGGAUUCAAGGAACUUGUGGUUUUGGAGACCGGUGUAAGUUCCUUCACUCUUGGAGUGUAGGGGAUGGCUUUUCUUUAUUGACUCAGCUUGAAGGACAUAAAAAGGUUGUGAGUGGAAUUGCUAUGCCCUCUGGUUCGGAUAAGCUUUAUACUGGAAGUACUGAUGAGACUGUAAGGGUUUGGGACUGCCAGUCUGGACAGUGUAUAGCUGUGAUCAAUCUUGGUGGUGAAGUUGGUUGUAUGAUGAGUGAAGGUCCCUGGCUUUUUGUUGGCAUACCCAAUUUUGUUAAGGCUUGGAACACACAAAAUUCAAUGGAACUAAGUCUAGAUGGCCCUGUCGGUCAAGUUUAUGCACUUGUUGUGAUUAAUGAUAUGCUCUUUGCUGGUACGCAGGAUGGAGCUAUAUUGGUAUGGAAGUUUAAUGUAGCUGCCAACUGUUUCGAGCCAGCUGCAUCUCUUAAAGGUCAUUCCCGUGGUGUUGUUUCAUUAGUUGUUGGAGCUAAUAGACUUUAUUCUGGUUCAAUGGACAAUACAAUUAGAGUCUGGAACCUUGAAACCUUGCAGUGUUUACAGACACUAACAGGGCACACAUCUGUUGUGAUGUCUGUCCUUUGCUGGGAUCAGUUCCUUAUAUCUUGUUCAUUAGACAAAACAGUGAAGGUCUGGUUUGCUACAGAAAGUGGAAAUUUGGAAGUGACAUAUACUCACACCGAAGAACAUGGUAUAGUUACUCUCUGUGGGAUGCAUGAUUCACAAGGAAAACCCAUAUUGCUGUGCUCUUGCAAUGAUAACACUGUCCGCCUCUAUGAUCUGCCAUCAUUUGCAGAGAGAGGCAAGAUAUACAACAAACAAGAGGUGCGAGCAAUUCAAACUGGUCCUGGUAGCAUAUUCUUCACCGGCGAUGGAACCGGCCUAGUGAGAGUGUGGAAUUGGAUAGUGGAACCGGCCACAGCCACGGCCAGUAACAUCCAAUAAAGUGGAAGGCUCUUAUAAUGUAUUCCAGUUAAUUGUUUGAGUAGUAUUUUUGAUCUUCCUUUUUGUAAUUUUUUAGCUGCAAGAAGGGGUGAGGUUGGGAUUGCAGAGUAAAAAAUAAGUGCUGGAUCAAACCUGGAUUCUCUGCAACCGGCCGAGGUAUGGUUGAACAGACUGUAGUGCUGCAGAGUAUCCGGGCUAGAACGAAAAGGAAAAGGAUAUAUGUAAUCUAUGUUUGCGGGAUUAGUCCUUAUUUUAGAAUGUGAGCUGUGGUUUUGAUGUUACGUGGGUAUCCUUGGCACAAAGCCUUGCUUGAGGAUUGAAACAUUUUGCAAAAAUCACAACAUUAUUUAGCAUUCA